GAGCCUGGGACUGGUCACGUGAGGAGCUGGCGUCGCCGGGCGCUGCUGGGCGCUGCUGCCCGCACGCAGGCCGGGCCGCCCGCUGAGCGGUGGGAUCUCUGAGGGGCUUCCAGACCCGAGGGCAGCCCGACCCCUCCGUGCGGCCGCCAUGGAACUGACUUUAAGCCGGGCAGAUUAUCUCCAGGUGGGAGUUACCUCUCAGAAGACUAUGAAGUUGCUUCCUGCCUCAAGACAGAGAGCUACACAAAAGGUGGUUGCCGGAGAUCAGGAUGGGGUAGUGAUCUGCUUCAGCGUGAAGAAAGGCGAGGCGGUGACAGUGUUCAAGACUUUGCCGGGGCAGAAGAUUUCAAGGCUGGAACUGGGAGGGGCUCUUAACACACCCCAGGAGAAAAUCUUCAUUGCUGCGGGGUCCGAGAUUAGAGGCUUCACAAAGAGGGGAAAGCAGUUUCUCUCUUUUGAAACAAACCUCACUGAAAGCAUUAAAGCUAUGUACAUAUCUGGCUCUGACCUCUUUCUCAGUGCGAGUUACAUCUAUAAUCAUUACUGUGAUUGCAAAGAUCAACAUUAUUACCUUUCUGGGGACAAAAUCAAUGAUGUCAUCUGCCUUCCCGUGGAAAGGUUAUCUCGCAUGACACCAGUGCUGGCCUGCCAGGACAGGGUGCUCCGCGUCUUACAGGGAUCUGAUGUGAUAUAUGAAAUUGAAGUUCCUGGACCACCCAGUGUCUUAGCGCUCCAUAAUGGAGAUGGCGGUGACUCUGGAGAAGGCCUUCUGUUUGGCACAUCAGAUGGGAAACUCGGACUUAUUCAGAUAACCACAUCCAAACCAAUACACAAAUGGGAAAUUCGAAAUGACAAAAAACGGGGAGGUAUCUUGUGUAUUGACAGUUUUGAUAUCAUGGGUGACGGAGUUAAAGAUUUACUUGUUGGGAGAGAUGAUGGAAUGGUGGAAGUGUAUAGCUUUGAGAAUGCAAAUGAACCUGUGCUACGAUUUGAUCAAAUGUUGUCUGAAAGCAUCACAUCGAUCCAGGGUGGGUGUGUGGGGAAAGAUGGUUAUGAUGAAAUUGUGCUGGCCACAUAUUCAGGCUGGGUGACGGGGCUGACUACAGAGCCCACUCAUAAGGAAAGUGGACCAGGUGAAGAACUGAAACUAAACCAGGAAAUGCAGAAUAAAAUUUCUUCUUUACGGAGUGAGCUAGAACAUCUGCAGCUUAAAGUGCUGCAGGAGAGAGAAAACUACCAACAGGCUUCGCAGUCAAGCAAGGCCAAGUCAACAGUACCUUCAUUCAGCAUAAAUGACAAGUUCACGCUCAAUAAAGACGACGCCAGCUACAGCCUCGUCUUAGAGGUGCGGACUGCAAUAGAUAAUGUCUUAAUACAGAGUGACGUUCCAAUAGAUCUGCUCGAUGUGGAUAAGAAUUCUGCUGUUGUGAGCUUUAGCAGCUGUGACACAGAGUCCAAUGACAACUUUCUUCUUGCCACCUAUCGGUGCCAGGCAAAUACCACCAGGCUGGAGCUCAAGAUUCGCUCAAUUGAAGGCCAGUAUGGCACACUUCAGGCAUAUGUGACUCCAAGAAUUCAACCAAAAACUUGUCAGGUCCGCCAGUACCACAUCAAACCUCUGUCUCUCCACCAAAGAACUCACUUCAUCGACCACGACAGACCCAUGAACACGCUGACUCUAAUAGGCCAGUUCAGCUUCGCUGAAGUCCACUCCUGGGUGGUGUUCUGCCUGCCCGAAGUUCCUGAAAAGCCUCCAGCAGGAGAAUGCACAACAUUUUACUUCCAGAACACCUUUCUGGAUACACAGCUAGAGUGUGUAUACAGAAAAGGAGAAGGAGUUUUUAAAUCGGACAACAUUUCUACAAUAUCCAUCCUAAAAGAUGUGCUUUCUAAAGAAGCUACAAAAAGAAAAAUUAAUCUCAACAUAUCAUACGAGAUAAAUGAAGUGUCAGUCAAGCACACUUUAAAGCUAAUCCACCCGAAGCUGGAGUAUCAGUUGCUUCUGGCUAAGAAAGUGCAGUUAAUUGAUGCCCUAAAGGAAUUGCAGGUCCAUGAGGGAAAUACAAACUUUCUGAUUCCAGAAUAUCGCUGUAUUCUGGAAGAGGCAGACCACCUACAAGAAGAAUACAAAAAGCAGCCUGCACAUCUGGAAAGACUCUACGGUAUGAUUACUGAUCUUUUCAUAGAUAAAUUUAAGUUCAAAGGCACUAACGUAAAAACCAAAGUUCCUGUUCUAUUGGAGAUUCUUGACAGCUACGACCAGAACACAUUGAUUUCUUUCUUUGAUGCAGCAUGAAAGAUAAACAAGGAUUUGGAAUGGAUUCGCACCCAGUUUCUCUCUUAGUUCGUGACAUGAUCCUCCUGCAAUCUAUGAAAUACUUGGCUAAGUGCUAUAGACUAUGGCCAGAGGAGUAAGCAGCGCCUGCUUGGAGCAGAGGAACCCCAGAUAGAUGCCCUAUAUGUAACCAGAAGAGUGAUGGCGUCUUAAGAUUUUCCUGUACUGUAGUACCCAGGAAACCCUUUUUUAUUAUAUAUGCUGGGUAAAGACGACUUUCAAUGACUAAACAGAAGUUUUAGUCAUUCAUUUCAGGGGAAUAUUGUAUUGAACAUUUUAAAAUGCUCUAAAGAUAAUAGAAAAUAAGCUGUCUUCUGUUGUCAAAAGGUAGUUAUGACUUUUUCAGAAAAUGAUUACAUUUUGUUACAUUUUAUAUGCAGUUCUUAAAUAUUAAAUGUAAACAUUUAAGGCACAUA